GGAUUCAUUAACAAAAACAAUAACUAAAAUCUUAUGUGGUGGAAAUUAUAAGUUCUGAUAAAAUAGCAAGGCGCAUCCUCCACGAUAAAGUUACAUUACCAGUAUUGCUCAAUCAGUGGUUUACAUGCCGUUAGUGGUUCGUAGACAAAUUUUAGUGGUCUGUUGCACUUAGGAGAAAUACUGAUAUAUACAAUUAGUCGUGAUAAUCUUGUGAAAAUAAACGUUUAAUUUUGAAACUGACUACUGUGGCACUUCGAUCGCCAACAAGAUUUGUAUGUUAUACUAUUUCAUAUUAUAUUACUUUAUGGUAUACUACUUCGUGUUAAAAAGCAUUUGAAGAAGUUGCAACGCAGAAAUCGGUCAAACGAGUUUUCCAAAAUGGCUACGACAGACUCUAAAGCACCCUUAAGAACUGUUAAAAGAGUACAAUUUGGUAUUCUUUCUCCAGAUGAAAUCCGUCGAAUGUCAGUUACAGAUAUGGGUAUACGUUUCCCAGAAACUAUGGAAGGUGGACGACCAAAACUUGGUGGUCUCAUGGAUCCAAGACAAGGGGUGAUUGAUAGAAAUUCUCGGUGUCAAACGUGUGCUGGUAAUAUGACAGAGUGUCCAGGUCAUUUUGGACAUAUAGAUUUAGCCAAACCUGUUUUUCAUGUUGGAUUUAUUACCAAAACAAUAAAGAUUCUUAGAUGCGUAUGUUUUUACUGUUCAAAGCUACUUGUUAGUCCACAUAAUCCAAAGAUUAAAGAAAUAGUCAUGAAGACAAAAGGUCAACCGCGCAAAAGACUCACAUUUGUAUAUGAUUUAUGUAAAAGUAAAAAUAUAUGCGAAGGUGGAGAUGAGAUGGACAUUAAUAAAGAAAGUACAGAUCAACAAGCAGCAGAUAGAAAACCAGGGCAUGGAGGUUGCGGUAGAUAUCAGCCUAAUUUGAGAAGAUCUGGAUUAGAUGUCACUGCAGAAUGGAAACAUGUUAAUGAAGAUUCUCAAGAGAAGAAGAUUGUUCUUACUGCUGAAAGAGCAUGGGAAAUUUUAAAGCACAUCACUGACGAAGAAUCAUUUAUUCUUGGUAUGGAUCCUAAAUUUGCAAGACCAGAUUGGAUGGUCGUUACGGUGUUACCAGUUCCACCUUUAUCAGUGAGACCGGCUGUCAUCAUGUAUGGAUCUGCUAAAAAUCAAGAUGACUUGACACAUAAAUUAGCAGAUAUAAUCAAAUCAAAUAAUGAAUUAUUAAGAAAUGAACAAGCUGGUGCAGCAGCACAUGUUAUAUCUGAGAAUAUUAAGAUGUUACAAUUUCAUGUAGCAACAUUAGUAGAUAAUGAUAUGCCUGGUAUGCCAAGAGCAAUGCAAAAAUCUGGAAAGCCAUUAAAGGCUAUAAAAGCAAGAUUAAAAGGGAAAGAAGGAAGAAUAAGAGGAAAUUUAAUGGGAAAGCGUGUAGAUUUUUCUGCACGUACUGUUAUUACCCCAGAUCCGAAUUUAAGAAUCGAUCAAGUAGGCGUACCUCGUAGCAUUGCUCAAAAUUUAACAUUUCCAGAAAUUGUAACACCUUUCAAUAUUGACAAAAUGCAAGAAUUAGUAAGACGUGGUAAUUCACAAUAUCCGGGUGCGAAAUAUAUAGUUAGAGAUAAUGGAGAACGUAUAGAUUUAAGAUUUCACCCAAAGCCUUCUGAUCUUCAUUUACAAUGUGGAUACAGAGUAGAGAGGCAUAUCAGAGAUGGAGAUUUAGUUAUUUUUAAUCGACAACCAACUCUCCAUAAAAUGAGUAUGAUGGGUCAUAGAGUAAAAGUUCUCCCAUGGAGUACUUUCCGUAUGAAUCUUAGUUGUACUUCACCAUAUAAUGCUGAUUUUGACGGAGAUGAGAUGAAUCUUCAUGUUCCACAAUCAAUGGAAACGCGUGCGGAAGUUGAAAAUAUACACGUAACUCCUCGUCAAAUUAUUACACCACAAGCAAACAAACCAGUUAUGGGUAUUGUGCAAGAUACUUUAACUGCUGUGAGGAAAAUGACUAAAAGGGACGUUUUUAUAGAAAAAGAACAAAUGAUGAAUAUACUUAUGUUUUUACCUAGUUGGGAUGGAAAAAUGCCACAACCAUGUAUAUUGAAACCAAAACCUCUUUGGACCGGAAAACAAAUAUUCUCCUUGAUCAUUCCUGGAAAUGUAAAUAUGAUUAGAACACACAGUACACAUCCAGACGAAGAAGAUGAUGGACCUUACAAAUGGAUUUCACCUGGUGAUACAAAAGUUAUGGUAGAACAUGGAGAAUUAGUUAUGGGUAUUCUGUGUAAGAAAACUUUAGGUACAUCAGCAGGAUCCUUACUUCAUAUUUGUAUGUUGGAAUUGGGUCACGAAGUAUGUGGGCGUUUUUAUGGAAAUAUUCAAACUGUUAUCAAUAAUUGGUUAUUGUUAGAAGGCCAUUCAAUCGGUAUUGGCGAUACUAUUGCUGAUCCUCAAACAUAUUUAGAAAUUCAGAAAGCUAUUAAAAAAGCCAAAGAAGAUGUAAUAGAAGUUAUUCAAAAAGCUCAUAAUAUGGAGUUAGAACCUACUCCUGGUAACACCUUGAGACAAACAUUCGAAAAUCAAGUAAACAGAAUUUUAAACGACGCUCGUGAUAAAACUGGUGGCUCUGCCAAAAAAUCCUUAACUGAAUAUAACAAUUUAAAAGCCAUGGUCGUAUCAGGUUCUAAAGGAUCAAACAUUAAUAUUUCUCAAGUUAUUGCUUGUGUGGGGCAACAAAACGUCGAAGGUAAACGAAUACCUUUCGGUUUUCGCAAAAGAACUUUACCACAUUUUAUCAAGGAUGAUUAUGGUCCUGAAUCCAGAGGAUUUGUUGAGAAUUCUUAUCUAGCCGGUCUUACACCGUCCGAAUUCUACUUCCAUGCUAUGGGUGGUCGUGAAGGUCUUAUCGAUACUGCCGUUAAAACUGCUGAAACAGGAUACAUUCAGCGUCGUUUAAUAAAGGCUAUGGAGUCUGUAAUGGUUCAUUACGAUGGAACUGUAAGAAAUUCUGUUGGACAACUUAUCCAGUUGCGUUAUGGAGAAGAUGGUUUAUGUGGUGAAACAGUCGAAUUUCAAAACUUACCUACUAUUAAACUUAGUAAUAAAGCAUUUGAAAAGAAGUUUAAAUUUGACCCAACCAAUGAACGGUAUCUGAGACGCAUUUUUAAUGAAGAUAUCGUCCGUGAAAUGAUGGGAUCGGGUGAAGUCAUUUCCGAACUAGAAAGAGAGUGGGAACAACUGAAUAAAGAUAGAGCUACUCUUCGUGAAAUUUUCCCUAGUGGAGAAUCUAAGGUUGUAUUGCCAUGCAAUUUACAAAGAAUGAUUUGGAAUGUACAAAAAAUCUUCCAUAUCAACAAAAGAGCUCCUACAGAUCUUAGUCCUAUGAGAGUUAUACAAGGUGUAAAAGAUCUUUUAGAGAAAUGUAUAAUUGUAGCUGGAGAUGACAGAUUAAGUAAACAAGCUAAUGAAAAUGCAACAUUGUUAUUUCAAUGCUUAGUGAGAUCAACUUUAUGUACAAAAUGUGUAUCUGAGGAGUUCCGACUUUCCGGUGAAGCAUUCGAAUGGCUUAUUGGAGAAAUAGAAACUAGAUUCCAACAAGCACAAGUAUCACCAGGUGAGAUGGUAGGUGCGUUAGCUGCACAAUCUCUUGGUGAACCAGCUACUCAAAUGACACUGAAUACGUUUCACUUCGCUGGAGUUUCAUCGAAGAACGUAACUCUUGGUGUACCCCGAUUGAAAGAAAUUAUUAACAUUAGUAAGAAACCAAAAGCACCUUCACUAACAGUAUUUUUAACUGGUGCUGCUGCCAGAGAUGCCGAAAAAGCGAAAAACGUUUUAUGUCGUCUGGAACAUACUACUUUGAGAAAAGUUACUGCCAAUACUGCAAUCUAUUAUGAUCCUGAUCCACAAAACACUGUCAUUGCCGAAGAUCAAGAGUUUGUCAAUGUAUACUACGAGAUGCCAGAUUUCGAUCCAACUAAAAUAUCACCGUGGCUAUUACGUAUCGAAUUGGACAGAAAAAGGAUGACUGAUAAAAAGUUAACCAUGGAACAGAUUGCAGAAAAAAUAAAUGCAGGUUUUGGUGAUGAUUUAAAUUGUAUAUUUAAUGAUGAUAAUGCGGAAAAAUUGGUAUUACGAAUUAGGAUUAUGAAUAGCGAAGAUAAUAAGUUCCAAGAUACAGAAGAAGAAACUGUAGAUAAAAUGGAAGAUGAUAUGUUCCUUCGAUGUAUCGAAGCUAAUAUGCUUAGUGAUAUGACUUUGCAAGGUAUCGAAGCCAUUGGUAAAGUGUAUAUGCAUUUGCCACAAACUGAUUCGAAAAAACGUAUUGUUGUAACUGAGACAGGCGAAUUUAAAGCAAUAGCAGAAUGGUUGCUUGAAACUGACGGAACAAGUUUGAUGAAAGUUUUAAGUGAAAGGGACGUUGAUCCAGUUCGAACAUUUAGUAAUGAUAUUUGCGAAAUUUUCCAAGUAUUGGGUAUCGAAGCUGUACGAAAAUCAGUCGAAAAAGAAAUGAAUGCCGUGUUACAAUUUUAUGGUCUUUACGUAAAUUAUCGACAUCUUGCUUUACUUUGCGACGUUAUGACCGCUAAAGGUCAUUUAAUGGCUAUAACACGUCAUGGAAUUAACAGACAGGAUACCGGAGCAUUGAUGAGAUGUUCCUUUGAAGAAACGGUCGACGUUCUGUUGGACGCUGCUUCGCAUGCUGAAGUCGAUCCGAUGAGAGGAGUUUCUGAAAAUAUUAUUAUGGGUCAACUCCCACGUAUAGGAACUGGAUGCUUCGAUUUACUACUCGAUGCAGAGAAAUGCAAAGCUGGAAUUGAGAUUCCAAUGGCAGUAGGUGUUGGUGUAAUGGGAUCUGCUGGUAUGUUCUUCGGUAGUGUUGCAACUCCGAGCAUGAGUCCUCAAAUGACACCAUGGAUGGGUGCUACUCCUGGUUACGGUGCAUCGAGUAUGUCGCCUGCUCUUGGCAGUGGAAUGACACCAGGAGGUGCUUGUUUCUCACCAUCAGGUGCAUCCGAUGCUUCAGGGUUAUCUCCUGCAUAUUCUGCUUAUUCUCCACAACCAGGAAGUCCUGGAAGUCCAGGGCCAAGUAUGAGUCCUUAUCCAAUGUCACCAGCCGGUGGUGCUUCACCAAGUUACUCACCUACAUCACCAGCUUAUUUACCAACAUCACCAAGUAUGACACCAUCAAGUCCAAAUUAUUCGCCAACCAGUCCAACAUAUUCGCCAACCAGUCCAAACUACUCACCUACGUCACCGAGUUAUUCACCAACAAGUCCAAGCUACUCUCCAACUUCACCAAGUUAUUCACCAACUAGUCCUAGUUAUUCACCUAGUUCACCUAAUUACACACCAGCCUCACCAUCUUACUCGCCUACCAGUCCAAGUUAUUCACCAAGUUCGCCUCAAUAUUCACCGGCUAGUCCAAGCUAUUCACCUAGCAGUCCAAAAUAUUCACCAACGAGUCCAAGUUACUCGCCGACUUCGCCGAGCUAUUCACCAACAAGUCCAAGUUAUUCACCGACGAGUCCAAGUUAUUCACCAACGAGUCCAAGUUAUUCACCAACAAGUCCAAGCUACUCUCCAACUUCACCAAGUUAUUCACCAACUAGUCCUAGUUAUUCACCUAGUUCACCUAAUUACACACCAGCCUCACCAUCUUACUCGCCUACCAGUCCAAGUUAUUCACCAAGUUCGCCUCAAUAUUCACCGGCUAGUCCAAGCUAUUCACCUAGCAGUCCAAAAUAUUCACCAACGAGUCCAAGUUACUCGCCUACUUCACCUUCAUUUGCUGGAACCUCGCCACAAUAUACUCCAGCGAGUCCAACAUAUUCUCCAACAAGUCCAACUUAUUCUCCGACUAGUCCAUCUUAUUCUCCAAGUUCUCCACAGCACACAGCUACUGGUAGUACAAGAUAUUCUCCUAGCAGUCCAAAUUACUCGCCGACGAGUCCUACGUAUUCGCCAACGAGUCCACAGUACUCACCAUCGAGUACGAAAUAUUCUCCUACAAGUCCUACUUACACUCCGACGAGUCCUAGUUAUUCGCCGACGAGUCCAACUUACUCUCCUCCGGUACCUGGUUACUCGCCUACGAGUCCAACUUAUUCACCGCAAUCACCCGCUUAUGAAACGGACGAUUAAGGUGUAUCCUAUUUUUAAAUUGUUAUUCUUAAAUAUUCAUUGUAAGACCUGUAUUAUUGACUGUAAUUAUAAUAGUAUGUUA